AUGCAUUCUUAAAUUCUAGCUUAGUUUAUUUUAUAAAAAUAUACUUUUGUAUAUCGCGCUCUUUAAAUUGUCUAAUUUCCGGAAGUUUUCUGUCAUAUUCAAUUCCUCAUUCUGUCCUUUUCAAAUAAUUUUUGAUCGUUUAUUUGAGUUUAUUCUAGCAUUUUUAUCCUUUGAUUUCCCAUAUUAUCUUCUGGUGUUGUAAAAAGCGUAUACAUUAUUUUUAUUUUUAAUUAUGGAAUGUGUAUGCUCCUACAUAUGCUUAUUGAUGGUAUGCUGAUGCGCGAAGUCAUUAGAUGUCAACCAAAAUUACUCUUACAAACAUACCAGCAAAGUUUAACAGAUAGUUUACCAGUUAUUAUGAAAAGGAAAGGCAAUUCUCUAAAUCUAGUCGAUGUAUUAAAUAGAGUGAAUAAUACUAAUACAGAAUCAAAAUGUUUGACUGUCGAAGAACUGAUAAAGGAAUAUGGGAAUUCUGGAAACAUUACGCAAGAAAUAAAGAGAGUACUAAAGCACGAAUUCAAAUUAGACAUUGAAAUAGAAAAAACCUUUACAUAUUCCAAGCAUAUAUGGUUAUGUAAAUUAAAUCUGGGUAGUUUUACUAAAGAAAUUUUUGAAGGUGUAGGUGUUACAAAACAAACGGCAGAGCUUAAUAGUCGACUGGCUGCUUUAUUAUGGUUAAAACAAUUAUGUCCUGUACGCAAAGUUCAACCUAACAUUUUAGUUCAAAUACAUGAAAAUAAUAGAAUUGUGGAACUUUUUAAUGGAUCUAAUGGUAAAUCAAUACUACCAAACGAUAAUCAAAAACUAUCUGGAAGAAAAGUUGAAUCCACAGGAAUAAGUAAAAUGUUAGAAGAUAUUGUUAUUCAGAAUAAUCUGAACUCAGUAUCUGAUGUAAAUGGUCAGAAUUAUUGUACAAAUAAAUUAAUUAAGGAACCUUUUAAAUUAGAGACAGUACAAACUAAAGAGAAAAAAAAGAAAUCUAAAAGGAAGAAUAGUACUAGUGGAAAGAAAAAGAUUUCAAGUGAUCUAGCUGCAAGUAGUCAAAGUUGUAAAUCUCUUGUAAAACCAACCACUUCUGUAUCAAAUAUACAGAAAAGACUGCACAGUAUUAAAGUUAGUGGAAGUAGCAAAGAGUGUUAUAAUGAAAAUAGUUCAUUACUUUUAGAACCAAAAAUUUUAGAGGAUAUAAUUGACUCUUCAAAUGUAGAUCAACUUACACCUAAACCGUCAGAUUGUAAACAUAUUAUUUUAAGAAAUGUUACAAAAACAUCAGAUAUUAAUUUCAGAGAUAUUUACAAAAAAUAUCCAUACCCAAAAGAUACCUUACAUAAAUUUUAUGAUAUAUUGGUAAGUGAUUUACGGAAUAAAUCGUUACAAUUGUCAAGUUCAUGCAAAAUAACUGGUAGUAGUAAUGAAGUAGAAUGGGUUUUUACUUAUAACUUAAAGUGGCCAGAGAAUGUAAAGGUGACUGUUCAUCAUCCUAGGAAAAAACAAGCAAGUUUAUAUGCUGCACUCAGGUCCCUAGCUUUCAUCAAUGAAUCUGGUUUAGACAUCAGUCGUAAAGGGAGACCAUUAAUCAACAGAAAUGAUGUUGCAAGUUAUUUUGCUAAACCAGAUAUUUCAGCAUCAAUACUGAAUAUAGGGAGUUGUAAUAAAAGUAUAUCUUCUGAGCAGACUUCUGUUUUAAAUACACAAAAAAGGAUGUACAGUGUCAAAACAAGGGAAGAUAGUAAAGAGAGUAGCAAUGAAAAAGAAUCAGUACUUAUAGAACCAAAAAAAGUAGAAGUUAAUAUCAAAGCUUCAAAUAAUGAACAACAAAUUGAUAGUAACAAUAAUGAUAGGAAUGGUACUCCGAAUAUUAAUUUACAUUCCUUACCAAAGUCUUCAGAAUGCAGACAUAUAACAGUGAAAAAUAUUACUCCUGAAUUAUCCACUCUCAAAGAAAUUUAUAAAAAAUACCCACUCCCAAAACAAACCUUAUGUAAUUUUUUCCAAUCUUUGUCGACUGAGUUAAAAAAUCCAUCUCUAAUAUUAUCCACAUCUUACAGAAGAAUUGGUAGUGGCAAGAAUGAGGAUUGUAUUUUUACUUAUAACUUAAAAUGGCCAGAGAAUGUGAAAGUUAGUGUUCAGCACGCUAGCAAAAAACAGGCCAGUUUAUAUUCUGCUCUGAAGUCUUUAGCUUACCUCCUUGAAACUGGUAAAAUCACACCUGAUGGGAAGCCUUUAAUCUACACUAAUGAUGAGAUAAAAAAGUUGGUACAAAAAAAGGAUAAAACGCUCAAUAUAAAAAUUGAAAGUCUCCAAAAAAUGCAAGAGAUUAAUCAGGUCUUCCAAACUUAUAUUAGACCCCUUAUUGCAAAUGUUGAUUACAAUUAUGAUGGAAAAAUUUCCGAUUUAGCAGAUGACUCUGAUGAUUUAGAUGUUCAUUUGAGGAGAAAUCCAAAAUAUAUUUCAGGAGAAGCAUAUAUGGCGAAAGAAAAAAAUCAUUUACCAGUCUCAGAUUUUAAGGAACAGUUUAUGGAUUUAAUUAAAUCUAAUAACUGUGUAAUAGUUAAAGGACAGCCUGGUUGUGGUAAAUCUACAAGAAUACCUCAGUAUGUUUUAGAAUCCUGGGCCAAGGAUUCAGACGAUAAUGAUUUGUGUCGAAUAGCAGUAACUCAGCCAAGAAGAAUAGCUGCAAUUUCACUGUCGGAGAGGGUUUCAGAUGAAAGGGACGAAAUGGUAGGCGAUAUUGUGGGUUACCAAGUACGUCUAAAAUCACAGUUUAUACCGAAAACUGGAAGAAUAUUAUAUUGCACUACCGGCAUUUUGCUCAGACGUCUUCAAAGUGAUCCUAAUUUAUCCACAUUUUCUCAUGUUAUUUUGGAUGAAGCUCACGAAAGAGAUUUGAACACAGACUUACUAAUGAAUUUAUUAAAAAGGGCAUUACAGGAAAAUGACAAAUUAAAAGUGAUAGUGAUGAGCGCAACUAUAGAUGCUGAAACAUUUUCGCAGUAUUUUAAUGGGGCACCGAUCUUUGAAGUGCCUGGAUUUGCUUAUCCUGUCCAACAAAAUUAUCUGGAUAGCAGUAAAUUCAAUAAUAGUAAAACAUUGAAUAUGUGCAAAGGUGAAAUUCCAAAUGUGGUCCAUGACGAAAUAGCUAAGGUGAUAACAUUUAUUCAUGAAAAUAAACCGGAAGGUGCUAUACUGGUAUUUUUACCUGGCUGGGAGGAUUUAUCUAAAGUAGAAAAAAUGCUAAGUUCUCUGAGAAAUGCAACGGUGCAUAUAUUACAUUCGAAAUUAAAAGAUUCAGAGCAGUAUAAAAUCUUUUCGAAACCUCCGCGUGGAAUAAGAAAAAUAAUAUUGUCUACGAACAUUGCGGAGACUUCUAUAACCAUAGAUGACGUGGUGUAUGUAGUCGAUUCCGGAAUACAUAAAGAUCAAGUAUUUGAUAAUGAAAAAGGGAUAAGUGUGAUAGAUAAAGAAUGGAUAUCCAAAGCCAGUGUGCGACAAAGAUCAGGCAGAGCUGGAAGAUGUGCGCCGGGAGAAUCCUAUCAUAUGUAUACCGAAGAAAAAUUUCAAACCUUUCAAGAUUACAGUACACCAAAAAUAUUAAAUAGUUCAUUGACAAAAGUUAUACUUGAUUCUAAAACGAUUUCUGAUAUGUCCGCAUGCGAUUUUAUGAAUAGUCUGAUAACCCCACCCGAAAAACAGGCUGUUGAAAGAGCAGUUGAAGAGUUAAAACAAUUAGAAUUAUUGGACGAUAAUGAAAAAUUGACUCCACUUGGUAGAACACUAGCUAAUUUCCAACUUGAACCAAAUUUGGCUAAGACCAUGGUGAAUAGUGUUAUUUUUAAGUGUACAACGCCUAUAGUUGAUAUCGUUACCUUAUUUUCAUCAGAAACGGAAAUGUUUGGAUCACUGACUUUAAUGGAUAAAGAGUCAAUUAAAAGAGAGAAGGAAAGCUAUUCUAAAAGUUCAGAUCACUUAGCAUUGAUGAAAAUAUAUGAAAAAUGGCUAGAGUUUUUUGAAGAGGAUGGUCUACGUGCUGCAAAAACAUUUUGCCAAAGAAUGAAUUUGGUACACCAUAAAAUGGAAUUCAUAAACAAGUUGAAAGACAUACAUUAUGGAUAUUUACGUAACGGAUUAUAUAAUUCAGUUCCUUUAUCAGAUGAAUUCUCAGAUAAUGACGAAUUAAUUAAAGCUGUUCUUUAUUCAGGAACAGGGAAUGUUUUAAUCCACAGGAAUUGGGAUAUUCUAAAAAAUCGUUUGAAAAGUAACGUUAACGUCUUACUUACUAGACAUAAUCAUAAGGCGACUAUAACUUCAGAUAGUGUAAACCAUAGAAGACGUGAUUUUCCCUCAGAUUUUUUGGUAUACAUUAACGAAACUAGGUCUAACAUUAGAAGAGUUUCGACAGUUAGGGAAUGCAGUUUAAUUCCACCAAUUUCAGUUUUGUUAUUUAAUAACAACAAAUUAGAGAUAACUCCCGUUCAGACCAGUGCUGAUCAGGAAGUACCGGAGAAUUUAGUAUAUGUCAGUAUUAAGAAUACAAAUCUUAAAUUUCUGCUGGACAAAGAGAAAGCAGACAUAUUAUGUGAUUGUAAAAGUGCAAUUGAUUCUUCUUACAAAUAUUUGAUACAUCAGUUAACAUAUUCAGGAGAUGAUAUACCUGAAUUUCGUGCGUACUGGGACAUUAUUUUAGAAAACAUUGAUAGAAUUUUGUCGAACGACUUGAUUAAGUAGAAUUAUGUUUAAAAAAUUGUUUUUCUAGAAGUUUUUUUUAUAAUUUGUUAAAGUGUUUCAUACUUGUUAUGUUUUUUCCUCCAUGUAUUAUGUAUUACUACUUGUACUGAGACUAUAUUUUGAAAAUUAAAAUUUUUCAAAUAACUUACAAAAUUAAUUGUUUAAAAACCUGUUUUUCCAGGUAUUUUUUAUAAUUCACUAGUGUUCAACU